AUGGCCUUUGUGUUCACACUGGUUCUCAGUCUCUUCACACUGGGGUCAGGCCAGUGGCAGGUGAUUGGGCCAGACAAGUCCGUCAAGGUCUUGGUGGGGGAGGACACAGUGUUCUCCUGCUUUCUAUCUCCUGAGACAAGUGCAGAGGCCAUGGAAGUGCGUUUCUUCAGGAAUCAGUUCUCCUCUGUGGUCCAUCUCUAUAGGGAUGGGCAAGACCAGGAUGAUAUGCAGCUGCCAGACUUUCGAGGGAGAACAGAGUUGGUAAAGGACUCCAUGGACUAUGGCCAAGUCUCCCUAAGGUUGAAGAAUGUCACUGCCUUGGACACUGGCCAGUACGGAUGCCGCUUUAGCUCUCAGUUUCAUUACCAGGAGGCCACCUGGGAGCUGCAGGCAUCAGCGCUGGGCUUAGCUCCUCUCAUUUCCAUUCUCGGACAUGGUGGAAAUAUCCAGCUACUGUGCAAGUCCUCAGGCUGGUUCCCACAACCCACAGUUAAAUGGAAAAGUUCACAGGGACAUGAUUUGCCCUCAGACUUGAAGGUGAACACGGACUUGCAAGGCCUGUUUCAUGUGGAAACGUCCAUUAGGGUUGGAGAAAAUACUGGAAAUAUAUCAUGCUCUAUCCAGCACCGUGACCAGGACCAAGAUGUGAAAAUUAAUGUAUGGAUAGGAGAGAUGUUUUUCCAACCCUCACCCUUCUACCUGGUGUCUAUUGUGUUGGGAGUGCUCUGCUUUGUCCUGUGCAUUGGUAUCAUUGUCAUGAGGAUUACCUUCAUCAAGGGGAAAAUUCAGACAGAAUUGGAUUGGAGAAGGAAGCAUGUAGUGGCAGAGUUGAGAGAGGCCCAGAAACAUGCAGUGGAGGUGACUCUGGACCCAGACACGGCUGAUCCCCAUCUCUACAUUACUGAUCUGAAAGUUGUGACCUAUAAGAGCGUUCCUCAAGAUGUGCCAUACUCGGAGGAGAGAUUCUGGAGGGAGUGUGUGGUGGCUUCUCAGGGUUUCCAGGAAGGGAAACAUUACUGGGAGGUGGAUGUGGCAUGCAAUAAGCAGUGGGGGUUGGGCAUCUGCCGGGAUGAUGUUAACAGAAAGAUGAGUUCUGGGACCUUGUCUCCCCACGAUGGGUACUGGGUGCUGAGACUGAAUGAAGAAAAUGAGUAUUUCAUAUUCAAUCCUGAUAGAAUUGACCUCUCUCUGAGAAUCCCCCCUACACGAGUGGGGAUCUUCUUGGACUAUGAAGGUGGCACCAUCUCCUUCUUCAAUAUAGAUGAUCAGUCCCUCAUUUGUACCCUGACACAUCAAUUUGACAGGUUAUUGAGGCCUUACAUCCUGUGUGAAGCAUAUGGCGCAACUCCCAUAAUCAUCUGUCCUGUGUCCCAGAGAUCAGAGGGUCCCCACGCUCUCCGAUACAGACAAUUCAGAACCCUCCGUGAAGUGACCACAUCCUUCCUCACAAGAGUGAUGCCCAGAGGGCAUAGCACCUCACACUCUCCUUCAGGACACUGA